UGGAAGUAUUCGUUAAAUAAUGGAUGGUUUGAUACUGUUUCGUCGACCUAGGAAAAUUCCUAAGUCGAAAUUAUCAGAAAAUAAUAAUAAUGUUUAUAAACCGAGAGAAACAAAGAUUUCUAUCACAAAAAAAUACUCAGCUUCAAACAGUCAUUUACCUAUUUCAAAUAGUAUUGUAUUUUCGUCUACUGGAACGACAAUAAAUUUCAUGAAUAAAAAUAAAAAUAAACGACAAGGUGAUGUUGCAAAUUUUGUAAACAAUGGAUUCGGCUGCCUUUUUAUAAAAGGUGGUAUGUUAAAUAAAACGUUUAAUGAAAUAGAAAAUGCUUCUGGUUCUCAUAAUAAUAAUAAUAAUAAUAAUAAUAAUAAUAAUAAUAAUAAUAAUAAUAAUAAUAAUGAAUUUCAAUAUUCAAUCGAAAUUUGUAAUCAUUUUCAAAUAUCGGAUCAUACAGAAACAACACAUAAUUUAAAACAAUUAAAAUCCACUAAUACCACUGGUUUCUUUUCAAAAAAUAAUUUUAAUGAUAUAUUGGAAAUUAUUCCUAAACCUAUAAAACGGACACCAUUAUAUCAUGGUUUAAUAUUAAUAGCUCGUGAAUUAAGAAAUGCUAUAACUAGACCUAUCGAUACAAAUCUCAUAUGUUCCAUUGAAAAGAUACCAAGAAAUUUUCAACAAUCAUUAAAUAAUUAUCAAGUGAAUUAUGCAAUUAUUUUAAAAGAGAAACUAAAUCAAAAUCAGUUAAUUUGUUAUGAAUUCUAUGAUCUAAAAUCAAUAGAACAACUAGAUCUAUCCUACAAUCGUCUUGUAUACCUUGAUAGUCGAAUAAAAAAUUUAGAGCAUUUAAAAGUGCUAAAACUUAAUGGUAACGAUUUAACUGGUAUUCCUCCUGGUCUUCUAUGUUUAUGUGAAAAAGCUUUGGAAAGUUUAAACUUAAAUGAUAAUCCAUUAUUAUGUUUAUUUCCAAAAGAGUUUAAAAACAACUCUUUAGUAGAAAUUCAAUCUUUAAGAGUAUUAGCUUGUUUGAAAAUGAGAGAUGUACUUAAUGACAUGAAUAUACAAAAUCAAGAAACUUCCAGAGAAAAGCCAGAACAGUAUAUAUUGAUUACUAAUUCAGAGGAGAACAAUGCAAAUUUCUUUGAGUUUCAGAAAGUCUCUGACAAAGAAGAGUCAACUAUGUCAAAUGAAUUAUUGAGUCCGUAGGUUAAUCAAAUUUCAUUAC